AUGCGUGUGGAGAGGCUCGUAGGUCUCUGUCCCAAAAACGUGAGGGGAGCACACGUGUCCUUUGUCCCAGGAGUCCAAGGGAGGCCUCAGGCGUCUGCUGGGGGGUGUGAGUGGAGGCUGCUGGGAAAUUCCAGCCAGUUCUCCAACAUCAUUGUCAAGGGCUGGGGCUCGCCGCUGGACCUGGACGCCCCGGAGGAGGGGAGUGAGGAGGAGCAGCGAUUCGGGCCGGGAAGAGAGGCGAGGGACCGGAGGCAGCGAGUACCACCAGCAAACAAGCCAGAGGAUGCAGCGGGAGAGCGGGGAGCUCUCCUUGUCCGGUUCCGGCGCCAGCGGCUGCGCGCGCGGGACCUGACCGGACGCCGUGGGAGUGCUGCCCUUCCAUCUGCCGGGGUUCAUUUGGAAUGA